AUGUCGUCCGAUGCAUCUGAGUUAUUCGAUUUCUCCACUUAUACCACUGAAGUUUGGAAUUCAGAUGCUUCAGAAAACGGAACAGAACAUAUUUUCGUACAUUAUUUUACCACUGUAGAUUAUAGUUCAAGCAACAGAACAUCAACUGUUUCAAGAUUUUACCCAUUAAUCGCUGCGGAGUUAGCUCUUUCUGUAUUAUGUCUUAUACUGUCCAUAAUAAUUUACUCCAUUUUACCUGAAUUCAGAAACGUCCAUGGAAAAAACUUAAUUUCUCUCUCCUCUUGUCUGUUAACAACAUUCUCUUUUUUAAUCUUAGAUCUUAUUUUGCGCAGACGAAUUUCAUAUUCCUUUUGCUUCCUGAUCGCUAUAAUCAUUCACAUCACUUUCGUUGCCACAUUUUUUUGGACUAAUGUUAUGGCAUAUGACAUUUGGCGAUCCAUAACUAAAAUGGCGGCCAAAAAUCAUCACAAGAGCAGCUCCAGGAAGUACCUGAAGUAUUCCAUUUAUGCAUGGAUUGCUACCAUCUUGGCGACAAUACCAGCAGCCACUUUCGAAGCAACAGAUUUGAUUCCACUGCGGUACCGUCCAAGUUUUGGUGUCACGCGCUGUUGGUUGAGCGGAUUUACUGCUUUUGCAUAUUAUUUCAAUUUACCUGUAGGAGUUAUACUAUUUGGAAAUCUGGUUAUGUUCUUAUUGACUAUUCGUAAACUUUGGAUGAUCAAGAAAAUGACAGCAAUUCUCCAAACUAAAAAGCACGAGCAAAGGCUAAAUCUGUAUUUGAAGCUGUUCCUCGUCAUGGGUAUUACCUGGGCGACUGAAUUCAUACCAUGGAUGACUGGCAUUUUUGAGCUGUAUGCCGUGGCAGGUAUGAUAACAGCGCUGCACGGAGUCAUUCUGUUCUUCAUUUUCGUUUUCAAGAAAAGGAUCUUUCGCCAAAUGUGGGAAAUUUGCCACCUAGGACAAUUACCUACAGUACUGCAAAAAUCUGCUAAUAACCAGUCAAGCACGUUCUACUACAGCGACACGAAAUCGAGUAGUCACAAGGACAGUGUUGAAAGAAUAUGA